GUUUGAUAUUCAUCAUCUGCGUUGAAAACCAGUAUCGGUCAGCACAGCUGCACAUUCGUAUAAAUAUGCAGAAGACAUCCUGAUCAUGCUCCUGAUGAUUCGGUCAGAAAGAACGUCGGAGACACUUUGAUGAAUCGACGCUCGGUGGUUGUUAGACGCGUAUUAAACAAGAAGAAGAACAAGAAGCGAUCGGCUUAAUGCGCAAAAAUGAUGAAACUCUCGGUUUCGGUAGGUACGCACUUCUGCCCGCUUCGGUCCGAUCAGCGAAGAUGAAAAGUCGUGAUGGCCGUGUUUUCUUUCUCGGUCAUGGUGUCGUUGUGCAGUAGUAUCGGUCGGCUACAUCGUCGUUUCCGUUUCCGUGUAAUAGCUUCAAAUCCCGAACUCAUUUAUAAAGAGAGGUGAGUCGCGUUCUUGCAUGAAGCUGUCAGGCUACAACUACAUCGCGCUCCCUUGUGAAUCAUAAUUCCUCUCACUACAAUUUCUCCCCUCGUUUGUGUUGCCACAGACAAUACUAGGUUGGUUUUCUCUUUUAAGGUUGCAGCACGUUCUAUCUACAGUACUUGUAAUUCGAUUGAAAUUUUCCCUUCCCCUGUUUGUUCCCCUGUUCUGGUCAACAACAUCUGAUUUCAUUCAUUGCCAUUUAAGAUUCAUCUACAACUACAUCUUCAUUCACCUCGCAUAAAAGUAAAAUGCAGAGCACAAGUGUCCGGAUCCUGAGCCCUGAUGAGGAGGAAGAUUACAACAGUCAAGAAAACCGGUUGCACAACAAGGGAAGUGGAGUCCCUCUUUUUGGCGCCCAACAGCAAGAGCGACGCGAUGACACCGUCGGUGAUGGUGCGCUUGCCAUGGACCACAACACGCUCGCGGUUCUUCGGGACCGGGACGCGAUCAAGCACAAGGCGCUCGUACGCAAAAAGCGGCAGAACGCGAACCCUUUCGGGACGGAUCUGACGAUUACAAAUACUCCAGAGCAGGUUCAACCGGACAAGGAGAAGGACGGGCCUUUAAGCAAGGAAAACGCGGUCGUGGAGACAAAUCCGAACUCUCCUCAACUUCAAGUUCAUCAAAACGACAUAAGCCACGUACCGGAAUUCGCAUCACUGUCCACGUCCGAUGCUGCGAAAAUGCUGAAGAUGCAGAAUGCGUCGCCGCAAGCCGCCUAUUCCCAGCGGUCCGGCUUGCAAAUCCUCCGGAAGGAUAUCGCGGAUGCAAACCCCGCCAGCAUUGGUUACGUGGACAACGACCGGGCAUUUUUGGAGUACACCAAGACGAAGACGGUGCAGCGACACAAGUACCGCGACCAGCCGCUGGACGUGGUCUGCCCGAAGCUAUCAAAUGUAAAAAUGUCUGGGUCUGGAAGAUUGCCAAGUUUGUCAUGCACAUUUUGCAUGACUCCUGAUGUCUCUGAUGCAUGCCCUAGCAUCACAGUUUUUGUGAGGGCUUCCUGAUGCCUAUACUGCAUGACAAAUGCUCUUUCCGUGUAGCAAAACUUGGACUCUCUUUGCUGCUCAUGCAAUACAGAUUUUUUUAGAAUCCAAAAUCAGCAUGACAAGUUGGAUUCUUCCAGACCCAGACAUUUUUACAUUUGAUAGAAGCUGGCGCAGCUCGAUUCGCGCAGCUCCCACGACAUGCUGUUGACGUUUCAGGACGAAUUACGGGACAUGAGUGUGGACGAAUCCGUGUUCUCCCUGCAGAACGCGCUGCUGGCGCUGAAAGACAUCGCCCUGCGGAAAGCGAGAAAAGCGGCGAUGUUUCGGGCGCGCAAACGCAUGCAGCAGGAAAUCAUUACGACGCCCGCCGCCGGAAACAAUCAGCAAGGCAUGACAGGAAGUCGAAGUGAAGAUCAACCUGCUGACGGUGACGAACAUCAAACCGCCGUUGUUGAAGCGGACAACGCCCGACUUUCGAAUAAGUCCUUUUCCUCUCCGCAGAACAAGCUUGCGCCGGAGAUUCUGCGUCUGAUUGAGAACAGCGUGGCAUUUGCGAAAACUGCUACAAUUCUGUUAUCCUGUGCAAAAGUAGCGUACUCGUACUAAUUGCAACUAUGCAUGACAAAUCUUGUCCUUAAGGUAAAACAGCAUGACAAAGUCCAGUUCUCAUGCUGGGGAAAUUUGUAAUGCAUUUAUAGAAAUAGAUUGAUACGAGUGCGAUACUUUUGCAAUGCAUAUCUGUUCUCGGCAAACAAUGCGACGACCGGAGAACUACAAACUGGAACCGCAGAAGAAGACGCGUCAACGUCGCCGGCAGAUGAAAGAAACCAAAACUCGGCAUCAAAUACAAAUGGAACAACGGAAAAUAAAACCGCAACAACUUCGUCCAAGAGUACAACUAGCAAAAAGAUCUCUUCCACAGAGGAACAGAAGAUCGGCAUCGACCUGAAUUUCCUGGAAUCCCUGAUCGACUGUCUCGACCUCGUGUUGCUCGGCACCACCCUGCUGGCCAGCGUGCAGGAUCUGGUGCAGCUGGAAGACUUCUUCAUCAAGCUCCUGGGCGUGAACAACUACGAAAGUAUCCAACCCGCGGAGGAGAGUGUGGUGCUCCCCUUCUUAAAAUCCUCUUCGACCACUCGGGUGCUCAGCGAUUUACAGACGGCCCUGGUGGAGUACCAAGUGACGAAAAUUGAGCUUUCGGGGGGUGUCGCUGUAGAGGAUCAGCCAGCAGAUGAUGGACGGGAAACCGUGGCUGUGGUUGAGGAGGCAAAGAAGUAA